AUGGCUUCAUCGGUCGCUCAGAAGCGUCUCUUUCACGAGUACAAGAAUCUUUCCACAAACCCGCCCGAGGGUAUCACGGCUGGCCCCGUCUCCGAGGAUGACAUGUUCUAUUGGGAAGCUCUGAUCGAGGGCCCUGGAGGUACUCCCUUCGAGGGUGGUGUGUUCGCAGCCGAGCUCAAGUUCCCCAAGGAUUAUCCUCUGAGCCCCCCGACCAUGAAGUUCGUCGGAGGUGGAGUGUGGCACCCAAACGUAUACCCCAAUGGAACCGUCUGCAUCUCGAUCCUCCACCCACCUGGUGAUGACCCGAACCACUAUGAACAUGCCUCCGAGCGCUGGUCGCCCAUUCAGAGCGUGGAGAAGAUCCUCAUCUCCGUCAUGAGCAUGCUCGCUGAACCCAACGACGAGAGCCCCGCCAACGUCGAGGCGGCCAAAAUGUGGCGCGAGCGACGAGCCGAGUACGAGCAGAAGGUUCGGGAUGAGGUGCGCAAGGGUCUGGGUCUUUAA